AUGUCCCCUUUCUCUCUUCUUGCCCUUUUUGCGUGGUUCAGCAUAGCCGCUGCCUCCGUCCAGUUUAUAACUCCGCAGGAACAGGCGGUGCUGGAUGUUAACUCCCCCAUCGACAUCGAGUGGUCAUAUCCAGAGAACGCUACCUCAUACCUUGUGGGCACUGAAUAUAGCAUAUAUCUGUGUGCGGGAGGCAAUGAUAAAGGCUCUCAUGAACGCGUGGCACACCUGUUGAAGGAGACUAUAAUCACCAACCCUGUCCAGGCCUCUGCUUCAGUCAAUCCUGAUGUCGGAGGAGAGCAUCUCUAUGGCUACUUCCUGGAGGUGGUCCUUCACGCAUCAAGUGGGAUGCAAGCGUAUUCAAGCCGCUUCACCCUCUCCCACAUGACCGGCUCGUUCUCACCCAGUGUCGAAAAGGGCCUACAGUCCCUCUCAGAGGAAUACGGACAGCCUGCUGUGCGAAUACAGGAACGUCAGGUUCCAGCUCCGGGGGCUGCCGUGCCUCCAGCACCAGGAGCAGCAAACCCUCCAGCACCGGGAGCAGCAGUCCCCCCAGCACCGGGAGCAGCCAACCCGGUACCACCAGGAGCGGCGAAUCCACCGGCACCACCACCACCAGGAGCUAAACCCCCCGCUGGAGCACCGCCCCCUGCCGCCGUACCUCCUCCAGCCGCGGUGCCACCACCAGCUGCACCACCGCCUGCCGUACCACCGCCUCCCGCUGUAGAACCAACAGUAAUCCAAUCUGUGCCUUAUCAGGAACAGACUGGACUCACCAGAUAUGCUCCCUUGCCAAUGCAACCACCAAAGAAGAUUAGUCUUAAAGAUGCCAAACCUCAAUUCCCUACAAGCUCAUACAAAAUUGCUGUCACCUUCUUACCACCACCUACUAUCAAGACUACCAUCUCAGCAUCCGUUAUCCAGACCGCUGAGGCCCAUGAGAACACGAACGCUGCUGCGCCGAUGGAUGAAGACAUGGCGAGAUUCCUCAAGCGAUGGCAAGAUUGA